AUGGAUGAACCUGGAGGACAGAACACCAGGCACUGGUGCCAUCACACGGUAACACGGACGGUGUCCUGCCAGGUGCAGAACGGCUCGGAGACAGUGGUCCAGCGCGUGUACCAGAGCUGCCGGUGGCCCGGGCCCUGUGCCAACCUUGUGAGGACUCUGAUCAGACCCACAUACAGAGUGUCCUACCGGACAGUGACAGCGCUGGAGUGGAAGUGCUGCCCUGGCUUCACUGGGAGCAACUGUGACGAGGAAUGCAUGAACUGUACCCGGCUCAGCGACAUGAGUGAGCGACUGAUCACGCUGGAGGCCAAGGUUCUCCUGCUGGAAGCAGCAGAGCGUCCCUCAAGCCCAGACAAUGACCUGCCGGUCCCCCAGAGCACCCCACCGCCCUGGAAUGAGGACUUCCUCCCUGACGCUAUCCCUCUCGCCCACCCAGGGCCCCGAAGAAGGCCCACAGGCCCAGCCGGGCCCCCGGGGCAGACAGGACCUCCGGGGCCUGCAGGCCCCCCAGGCUCCAAAGGCGACCGGGGCCAGGCAGGAGAGAAAGGCCCGGCAGGGCCUCCUGGCCUUUUGGGGCCACCAGGGCCCCGUGGGCUACCUGGAGAGAUGGGGCGCCCCGGACCCCCUGGCCCCCCCGGCCCAGCAGGCAGCCCGGGGCUCCCUCCAAAUGGCCCCCAAGGCGUCCUCUACUCCCUGCAGCCACCUACGGACAAGGACAAUGGAGACUCACAGCUGGCUUCUGCCGCCGUGGACACGGUGCUGGCCGGUGUCCCAGGACCCCGGGGUCCCCCCGGCCCUCCAGGUCCCCCAGGACCACAUGGUCCCCCAGGACCCCCAGGUGCACCUGGAUCCCAGGGCCUGGCUGGAGAGCGAGGCAUGACGGGGCCAUCUGGCGAGCCUGGCCGGAAGGGGGAAGAAGAGGAGAAAGCUGCCACAGAGGGUGAGGGGGUGCAGCAGCUGCGGGAGGCCUUGAAGAUCCUGGCAGAGAGAGUCCUCAUCCUGGAGCACAUGAUAGGGAUCCACGAUCCCCUGGCCUCUCCUGAGGGGGGCUCUGGCCAGGAUGCCGCCCUGAGAGCCAACCUCAAAAUGAAGCGUGGUGGCGCCCCCCCGGAUGGCUCCCUCGCUGCCCUGCUUGGCCCCAGCCCCGUGCAGAAGAGCACAAGCCGGGCCAGCAGUGGGAAGUAGGGCCCAACUCUCCAGGACAAGCCCGGCCCCACCAGAGACCCAGCCCUCAAGCCUGCGCCGCCACUGGAUCCUGAAGGCGCCCCUAAUGGGGCUGGGCCUCAGGCAUGGACAAUCAUGAGGGACAUUGGCCCCCAGGACUGGGGGGCCUUGGGGACAGCUGGGACCUCCAGGGAUAGGAUCCAGAGGGCCCAGCACCCUUGGCAGAGCCCUGCUCUGGUUCCUGCCCUCCCCCACCUCCCACCCUCUGCAGGAGUCAGAGUCUGGGUUUGAGAAUAAUCAUAAUACUUAGCAUUUACUGAGUUCCCACGACGUUCGGGCCGUCCAAGGAGCUCUCCCUACAUUGUCUCAUUUAACCCUUAGGAGGUAGGCUUGUUACCCCCACUUUACAGGGGGACAGAGGCUUGGAGAGGAUAAAUAACUGCAAAGCCACCAGACCAUGGAGGGUGGGGGCAGGAUUGGAACCCAGGUCUUUCAGUUCCUCUUCCCUCUUCACAGAAAACUCAGACAGGGUGAGCACAGGUCUGUGGGGAGCUGGAUGGACAGUGGGAAGAAGCUGACAGGGCCCUGGAUCUCAUUCUUCAACUCCAAUCCCCUGGCUGGGGGCCAGGGAGACCCCGAAUAAACCUACGAGUGUCACAGGGACAUGGGGAUUGAGAAAGGAGCAUUGAGGUGCAAGGGUCCUCAAGCCUAAUUGGCAUCACCCACUGCUGCCUCCCAAUCUCUCUGAGCCCACCCACCCCCACCCACCAGGGCCUCGCACCCCUGAGCAGAGGAGGGAGGAUUUAAUGGGAACAUGCACCCUCCAGGGGCAGCACUGGCAACCCUGCCCUCUCCCAGUCUCUCAGGGGACCUAUCGGGGUGGCCACUUCCGCAUCACAUGACAAGUCUAAUGUCCUGACGAAGUAGAGAAAGGGGGGCUGUCAGAGUCCCAGGCCUGCAGGGGAGAUGUGCCGACCCUCAGGGUGGUGGGCCCAGGCACUCCACAUACACCCUCCUCCCUGCUGCUCCAAACAGAGCAGCUCAGACCACAGCCCUCCAAGCCAUUCAAGGCCUCGCAGGCCCGGGUCCCCUGUGAGCGGGCCUCCCCGGUGCUCCUCUCGGUGCUCCUCUCUCGCUGGGCCGGGACCCACUCUCACGCGAGGGCCGCCGACUCAGACCCACUGGUGCUG